GCUCCCCUUCUCACUAGUCCUAUCCCUGCAGUCCAGGGAGGUUUUUCCUCUACCGCAGUGUGACAGCUAAUCCUUCCCAGUUGCGUCUUGACUCUAAUCAUGGCCAAACCUUAUGAAUUUAAUUGGCAGAAGGAAGUUCCUUCCUUUUUGCAAGAAGGAGCAGUUUUUGACAGAUAUGAAGAGGAAUCCUUUGUGUUUGAACCCAACUGCCUCUUCAAAGUAGAUGAAUUUGGCUUCUUUCUGACCUGGAGAAGUGAAGGCAAGGAAGGCCAAGUGCUAGAAUGUUCCCUCAUCAACAGUGUUCGGUUGGGAGCCACACCAAAGGAUCCCAAAAUUUUGGCUGCUCUUGAAGCUCUUGGCAAAUCAGAAAAUGAUCUGGAAGGGCGGAUAGUUUGUGUCUGCAGUGGUGCAGAUCUGGUGAACAUCAGUUUCACGUACAUGGUGGCUGAAAAUCCAGAAAUAACUAAGCAAUGGGUCGAAGGCCUGAGAUCCAUCAUACACAACUUCAGGGCGAACAACGUCAGCCCAAUGACGUGCCUCAAGAAGCAUUGGAUGAAAUUGGCAUUUAUGACCAACACAAAUGGGAAAAUUCCAGUUAGGAGUAUUACUAGAACCUUUGCAUCGGGGAAAACAGAAAAGGUGAUCUUUCAAGCACUCAAGGAGCUAGGUCUUCCCAGUGGAAAGAAUGACGAAAUUGAGCCUGCUGCAUUUACUUAUGAAAAGUUCUAUGAACUGACACAAAAGAUUUGUCCUCGGACAGAUAUAGAGGAUCUUUUCAAAAAAAUCAAUGGAGACAAAACUGAUUAUUUAACGGUAGACCAAUUAGUGAGCUUUCUAAAUGAACAUCAACGAGAUCCUCGACUGAAUGAAAUUUUAUUCCCAUUUUAUGAUGCUAAAAGGGCAAUGCAGAUCAUUGAGAUGUAUGAGCCUGAUGAAGAUUUGAAGAAACAAGGCCUCAUAUCAAGUGAUGGGUUUUGCAGAUACCUGAUGUCAGAUGAAAAUGCCCCCGUCUUCCUAGAUCGUCUGGAGCUGUACCAAGAAAUGGACCACCCUCUGGCUCACUACUUCAUCAGCUCUUCCCACAACACCUAUCUCACUGGCAGACAGUUUGGUGGGAAAUCUUCAGUAGAAAUGUACAGACAGGUCCUCCUGGCUGGUUGCAGAUGUGUUGAACUUGACUGUUGGGAUGGGAAAGGUGAGGACCAAGAACCGAUAAUAACUCAUGGAAAAGCAAUGUGCACAGAUAUCCUUUUUAAGGAUGUUAUUCAAGCCAUCAAGGAAACUGCCUUUGUCACAUCGGAAUAUCCUGUAAUUCUCUCCUUUGAAAAUCACUGCAGUUACGGCAGACUUCCGAAAGGAAGCAGAAUUUCAGCCAAGUGUUUCUUUAGAGACAGAAUGGAUGUAGGAGGGCACAGCGCCUUGCCUGUAUCAAUGCUGGAACCAGGCAAACCUUUGCCAUCCCCGAAUGACCUCAAAAGAAAAAUACUCAUCAAAAACAAACGACUAAAACCUGAGGUUGAAAAAAAACAGCUUGAAGCUUUGAAAAGCAUGAUGGAGGCAGGAGAAUCCGCUGCCCCAGUGAACAUCUUAGAGGAUGACAAUGAAGAGGAAAUAGAAAGUGCUGAGCAAGAGGAGGAAGCUCACCCUGAAUACAAGUAUGGAAAUGAACUUUCUGCAGAUGACUUGGGUCACAAGGAAGCUAUUGCCAAUAGUGUCAAGAAGGCUUCAGAUGACCUUGAACAUGAAAACAGCAAAAAGGGCCUGGUUACCGUAGAAGAUGAGCAGGCGUGGAUGGCAUCUUAUAAAUAUGUGGGUGCUACCACUAAUAUCCAUCCGUAUUUGUCCACAAUGAUCAACUAUGCACAACCUGUAAAGUUUCAAGGUUUCCAUGUGGCUGAAGAACGCAAUAUUCAUUAUAACAUGUCUUCUUUUAAUGAGUCGGUCGGUCUAGGCUACUUGAAGACACACGCCAUUGAAUUUGUGAAUUAUAACAAACGGCAAAUGAGUCGCAUUUACCCCAAGGGAGGCCGAGUCGAUUCCAGUAAUUACAUGCCUCAGAUUUUCUGGAACGCUGGCUGCCAGAUGGUUUCGCUGAACUAUCAAACCCCAGAUUUAGCGAUGCAAUUGAAUCAGGGGAAAUUUGAGUAUAAUGGAUCAUGCGGGUACCUUCUCAAACCAGAUUUCAUGAGACGGCCUGAUCGAACAUUUGAUCCCUUCUCUGAAACACCUGUUGAUGGGGUUAUUGCAGCCACUUGCUCCGUGCAGGUUAUAUCAGGUCAGUUCUUAUCAGAUAAGAAAAUCGGCACAUAUGUAGAAGUGGAUAUGUAUGGGUUGCCCACGGACACUAUCCGAAAGGAAUUCCGCACUCGCAUGGUGAUGAACAAUGGACUCAAUCCAGUUUACAAUGAAGAAUCAUUUGUGUUUCGGAAGGUGAUCCUCCCCGACCUGGCUGUCUUGAGGAUCGCUGUGUAUGAUGACAACAACAAGCUGAUAGGCCAGAGGAUUCUGCCCCUGGACGGCCUCCAAGCAGGCUAUCGACACGUAUCCCUCCGAAAUGAGGGCAAUAAACCUUUAUCGCUGCCAACCAUUUUCUGCAAUAUUGUCCUAAAAACAUAUGUGCCUGAUGGAUUCGGAGAUAUUGUGGAUGCUUUAUCAGAUCCAAAGAAAUUUCUUUCCAUUACGGAAAAGAGAGCGGAUCAAAUGAGAGCUAUGGGCAUUGAAACUAGUGACAUCGCCGAUGUGCCCAGUGACACUUCAAAGAACGAGAAGAAAGGGAAAGCCAACACAGCCAAAGCUAAUGUGACCCCUCAGAGCAGCUCGGAGCUCAGGCCAACCACCACAGCUGCCCUGGGGGCUGGCCUGGAGGCCAAGAAAGGUAUUGAACUGAUCCCUCAAGUGAGGAUAGAAGAUUUAAAGCAGAUGAAGGCUUACUUGAAGCAUUUAAAGAAACAACAGAAAGAGCUCAAUUCUUUAAAGAAGAAACAUGCAAAGGAGCACAGUACCAUGCAGAAACUACAUUGCACGCAAGUUGACAAGAUUGUGGCCCAGUACGACAAGGAGAAACUAACUCAUGAGAAAAUCCUAGAGAAGGCAAUGAAGAAGAAAGGGGGAAGUAAUUGUCUUGAAAUGAAGAAAGAAACAGAAAUUAAAAUUCAGACGCUGACAUCAGAUCACAAAUCUAAGGUCAAGGAGAUUGUGGCACAGCACACGAAGGAGUGGUCAGACAUGAUCAAUACCCACAGUGCGGAGGAGCAGGAGAUCCGGGACCUGCACCUCAGCCAGCAGUGCGAGCUGCUCAGAAAGCUCCUCAUCAGCGCCCACGAGCAGCAGACCCAGCAGCUGAAACUGUCCCAUGACAGGGAAAGCAAAGAGAUGCGAGCACAGCAAGCUAAGAUUUCUAUGGAAAACAGCAAAGCCAUCAGCCAAGAUAAAUCCAUCAAGAAUAAAGCAGAACGGGAAAGGAGAGUGAGGGAGUUAAACAGCAGCAACACGAAAAAGUUUCUGGAAGAAAGAAAGCGACUUGCCAUGAAGCAGUCCAAAGAAAUGGAUCAGUUGAAAAAAGUCCAGCUUGAGCACCUCGAAUUCCUAGAGAAACAGAAUGAGCAGGCGAAGGAGAUGCAGCAGAUGGUGAAAUUGGAAGCCGAGAUGGACCGCAGACCAGCAACAGUUGUGUGAAACUCCAGGACACAAACUGAAACCACAGAACCGCCACGUCAAAGAGCACCCCUCCCAGCUUCUGAACACAGAUUCCAUGGAAGAAAGCUGAUGUCUUCUGCGUUUCCUUCUCACGUAGACAAAGUGUCACCUGAGACCACAGAGACUUGCUUCUCUUAAACAUUCUGAACACUGAAUUUCCUUGGCCAACCAAAAGUAGUUACAAAUCCCCCAAAAUUGCGACUCCAGUAAGGCAGAGUUUACCCGUUGAUCAUACCACUUCAACAUGUUUGCUAGAAAAUAUCAUCACAAGUAAAUGAGCAUGGUGUUAAAAACUCUGCUUUGUGAUGCAUUAAGACAUGUUUGAGCAGCAGCAAAAGUAGUGCAUUAGCCAUGUAAUAGCAAGCACCUGCCCUGGGGUGGGGGGAGCAGAACUCUACAAAUUUAUUAGCAGCAGUGAUGAGCUGCUAGACAAAUAAUUAGGGGGGGGGGAAUUUUUCUACAUCUGAGUUACCUCAUCAGUAAGUGCCAUGUCUCCACCAUGCCAUCCGAAGCUAAUUGACUGCAAGUCAUGGAAAUGCUUAGAACAGCAGAAAAAUAGAACCGAGUCCUUGUGCCAAAACCCACUGUGCUCACAGGGAGAACUCUCAGGCACAUUUAAGAAGCUGACAUCUGACAUUGCUUCCUAGGAAUUGCUUCUGCUGACCCUAGAUUACUACAGCUCACUUCUACACCAUGAAGAUUGUGAAGUGGUUAUUGGCAACCGUUUGUAAAUGUGACCAUGUAAAAAGUAUUUAUGCUCCUAAUUCACACUGUCAGAGAGCAAAAUCAUGUAAGUAUUGCCACAUGACAAGAUUAGUGAACAGGAAUACUAGAACUAUGUUUGCAUGAUACACAAGCACCAAUUAUGACUAAUCUGUACACAGUUAACCUAAUGCAAAUAAAUACUGGUUAAGUAACUGUAUGGCACAGAAUAUAAUUUGACUCUAAAGACUUUUAGCAUAAUGAAAAAGUCUAUAUAUAUGUGUAUAUGAACUAUGUGGGCAUUCUUGAUACUUCAAGUUCUAGUUUCAAAAAAAAUACAUAACUAAUUUAAUUUUACACAAAAAAUAUUUAUGCAGAUUUUCAGAAUUUCAUAUCAGGAAAUAACCUUUUUAUGUCUGUUAAAUAUCAAAACAAUUUGCUACAGUGUUAACCUGCAUGGUCUUUAAGCCUGCUGUAGUUGUGUGGCAGACAGUGCAUGGAAAAGUCCCUCUUGGGAUGGAGCUGUGCCCAAUGCCCAGAGGAGCGCAUGGAAACCGUACUCAAGAACUAAUCAGAUUACUGAUUUAGGGCACCAGACCACCAACCGGAUUGUUGUAUAUGCUUGUACAGAUUGAUUCUGUGUGUUCCUCUGAAUAAAACAGAGAAUUAUGUUACCAUCAAUAUUGAAAUUAAACUUCCAACUUCUCUAAUAAAAAAAGGAAAACACAUCCAA